AGGCGCUCCCUGGAUCUCCAGCUGCUGUGGAGGAGUAGCUGAAGAUCCGCUGAGCUGGAGGAGGAGAGGAAGAGGAGGAAGAGGAGCUGCUGGGUUAUUUGAUUGAUCCUCCAGUCCUGCUCCUCAUGUCCACCUUUCUAAACACACAUCCGCAGAUCCUACCAUCAUGAGAAAUGUGUCGAACUGUUAAAACCAGGGCCGUUGGAUUAUAUUUUUGAACAUGUCCUCCGUAAAUGAUGAGGGAAGCUGCAGCGGUGAGUCCCCUGCUACUGUUAUCUCCAAUGUUUCUCACAAACCAACACAGGAAAAUCCAGCUAAGGAGAAAAAACACCAAUGUUCUGAGUGUAAGAAGAGCUUUAGAGACAGGUGUGCCCUCACGCAACACCUGCGCGUUCACACUGGGGAGAAACCGUAUCAGUGCUCGUACUGCGGGAAGUGCUUCGCUGUUCAGAGUAGCCUCAAAUCCCACCAGCGCAUUCACACCGGAGAGAAGCCGUAUCAUUGCUCCGAGUGCGGGCGGAACUUCACCCUGCUGGGUCAUCUCCAGAGACACCAGCGCAGUCACAGCGGGGUGAAGCUCUUCCAGUGCUCAGAGUGCGGGAAGAGUUUUACUCGCCAGAGUAGCCUCCAGUUACACCAGCACGUCCACACAGGGGUGAAACCGUUCCUCUGUGCGGAGUGCGGGAAGAGCUUCUCCGCACAGAGUCACCUCCUGCGGCACCAGCGCAUCCACACCGGAGAGAAACUCUACUUCUGCCAUGUCUGUGGGCAAAACUUUAAUCAGCUGUGUCAUUUCCAGCAGCACCAGCGCAUUCACACUGGGGAGAGACCCUAUCACUGCUCAGAGUGUGGGAAGAGCUUUACUCUGAAGGGUCACCUCAACACACACCAGCGCCUUCACACCGGAGAGAGGCCGUACUUCUGCGCGCAGUGCGGGAAGAGCUUCAGCCAACAGAAUCACCUGCGACUGCAUCAGCGCGUUCACACCGGGGAGAAACCCUAUCAGUGCUCAGAGUGUGGGCGGAGCUUCAAUCAAACCAGUAAUCUCCAGCAGCACCUGCUCAUCCACACCGGAGAGAAACCGUACUCCUGCUUGGACUGCGGGAAGAAUUUCAGACACUCAAGCUCUGUAAAAACACACAAGUGCAUCAAGAAAGAUGAGGAAACUCCUAAAUGAUAAUGUCAUGUGAUAGGAACUAGCAGGGUGUCCCGUCACAUUUGCCACGUACCUUGUCCAUGGAGCACAGAGCUGUGGCAUAUGUGAUAUGUGGGCGGGGUCUCCUGCAUGUUGUUUAACCGUUUGCAUGGCUUAUUCUAGCCAGACUUCAUGAUCAAGGCGAUGAUAGGUGACAGUGUCGUCUAUGACGUCUAUAUUCCUGAGGGUUGGACAGAAUAUGGUUAUAUCUUUAUUGUGAUAAAUCGUAUUGUACCAUUCCGUUUACAACACAUUAUCGAUACCUACCAUCAAAUAUGGAUACUGUCAUUGAAAAAGUGCUCUAAACUCCCUAAAGCCUACAUGAUUUGAACCCAAUUCAGGGUUACUACGGUUAUGGAAAACCUGGAAAAGUCAUGAAAUUUGAAAAUUUGAAAAUAGCAAUUUCCAGGCCUGGAUAAGUUUUGGGAAAAAAAAGAAAAGAAAAUUUUGGAAAAGUCAUAGAAAAUUUAGUCUACAAAUCUUUGUGUUUCCGUUUAUCGAUGGAGAAAAUCUAUUUUAAGCUAAAAAUUAUGUCAGCUAUGUCAGUGUUAAUUCAGUAAUUUAGCCCUGCACACAUCUGACACACAUUUGAUUAUUAAAGAUUGCAUGUCAACAUUUUAUCUAAUUCGUUUUAGACCUGCUAUAAUCAAUUUUGAUUGUAGUUUUAGUUGAUUUUUGUUUUUAUUGUCCAUGUUUGCAAAACUCGUACAGUCAUGAAAAUUUGCCCUGAA